UGGCUGCGUGUUUGAGGAAGCGUCGGUUUAAACCGGGGGGCGGCAGCGAGCUCAGUUUGAAUCCGACAGACUGCAGCUCUGCGCGUACGGACCGACACCUCGACAUCUGCAGGAACCGGACCGUCAGCACUCAUGGCCUCCCAGAACAUGGACCCUGCAGCGGCUGCAGCUUCCUCCACAGCCGCUCUGAAGGGCAGCGAGAGCGGCGGCAGCGCGGCCCGAGGCUCGGUGUCCAAAAGGUUGCAGCAGGAGCUGAUGACUCUCAUGAUGUCUGGUGAUAAGGGCAUCUCUGCGUUUCCAGAAUCAGAUAAUCUCUUCAAAUGGGUCGGAACCAUCGAUGGAGCUCAGGGGACGGUGUACGAGGGGCUCAGGUACCGGCUGUCCCUGGAGUUUCCGGCUGGCUAUCCAUAUCAGGCUCCUCGUGUGAAGUUCGUCACUCCGUGUUUCCACCCCAACGUGGACGAUCAGGGUUUCAUCUGUCUCGACAUCCUGAAGGACAAGUGGUCGGCGCUGUACGAUGUCCGCUCCAUCCUGCUGUCCAUUCAGAGCCUGCUGGGAGAACCGAACAAUGAGAGUCCACUGAACACGGCUGCAGCAGAACUCUGGGAGGACCAGGAGGGUGAGAACCACUACAUUAGAACAUUAAUAUGA